UAUAUUUCGGUAAUAUUUGGGUGAACAGGAAGACAGCGUCGUCAGUCUGCGUUGUUUAGUUGUUACAGUUGUACCACAUUUCCCAUGAUCCACUUGACCCCUAACUUCCACGCUAUAAGCCUGGGAGGAAACGCACUGCACUCUGGAGUUCCAUCUGCUGUGAGGAGGAGUGCGUCUUUUCUCUUUUAAAUCUGUGUUUUAAUUCAAAACUAGUCUCGUAAUUAUUAUACGUGGGUGUUUUUCUUUUUUAAAUACCAAAUUAACACUCGUAACUCCGAGGAGGUGUAGUCGUGUAUCCACACACACACACACACACACACUCAGAGCUUCACGUUACAGAGUGGGAAGUUCCUCAAACAGCUCGACUCAAGAAGAAUGAGGAAACACCAGCAAACCUCAGACUCCGAGUUUAGCUAGCAGGUAACCUCCCGGCUCUACUAUCUGCCCGACUCUUCCGAGCCUGAACACGGCGGUUUGGCUCCUGUGAGGCUCAGGACUCUUCUCUCAGCCCCAUGGCGGAUCCUGCAGUGAGCGUCAGUGCGACACGGAACAAAACGGAUAAUGGAGGGAUGGUGCAUGGCAGCUCAGCUGAGUACAUAGCCUUCGGCCUGGUGCCCGUCUUCUUCCUCCUGGGCUUGCUGGGCAUGUUAAUCUGCCACAUACUGAAGAAGAAGGGGUAUCGCUGCACCACAGAUGCUGAGGAACCAGAUGAGCCUGAGGGAGAGGAGGAGAAACAUCUGGAGGACGGAGAUAUGAAUGACACCUUCAGUGAGGGCAACACAGACACCGUGGGCCAGAUCGUUCACUAUAUCAUGUCAAAUGAAGCCAACACAGAUGCCCUGAAGGCCAUGGUUACUGAGAACAGCACAGACUCUGAUGGCACUCCUAUAACACCUACCACGCCUGCUCCUGCAACCCCUGUGAGCCCUGUGUCACCCGGAGCUCCUGCCGCAGCAGCCAAACACACCUGUAACCACCUUCACACCAUCGGCGGAGUGGUGGGGCACAGCAACAUGUGUAACCGCUGUAAUCAGAAGAAAUGGCCCCUCAUGCGGCGCGGCUCCAACAAGAAAGUGGAGAGGCGCGCCCAUGCUGGAGAAGUCACUGUGCUGGCAGUUGGCAGGUUCCGUGUGACUAAAACUGACCCACGGCCGGCCCGGGAAAGACGCAGCCUGCUGAUCACUGAGCCUAACGGCAGUGUCCCUGCCACGCCGGUAAAGACUGAGGCAGCUCCACUGAACAGCAGCACAGAUGCACAGCCUAAGGCAGAGGCUGAUGAUAAAAAGUGAUUGUGGGGGAGAAGCAAUAUCUGUUCAAGUAUAGUCAAGAGAAAAUUUUAAACAUGUUUUAAACCCUACCACAGCACUGACAGCAGAGAGGGAGGAAGUAACUCCAAGGCCCCAAAGACAAGAUGGAGGUAAAAGAUGGUUAGAAAGAAGCAAAAUGGAUAGGACUUUUAAUUUGAACUGCAGUAUUAGACUCCAAUCUCUUGCCACUGGGGUUUGUUUGUGUAUCUGGGCAGGGAGGAGGAACACGCACCAGUUUGUCAGAGUUAUUCCAUCACCGUGUCAUUCCUCCCUUUAUAAACACACUGCAUCAUUAACCACGCACGGAGUCGUUUUGUACAUUUUAAUGGCUGCGAGCAUAUCAAUGGUUAAUCCACAGUCAAACAUACGCUCACAUUACAUUGUAGACUCCAGAAUGGUUAUGUGACCCAAGGUCAUGUGACUCGGUCUACUACUUCCAAGAAGCAGGGACGUUUUUUUUAGCGUAUUCUUUUCAGUUUGAUCACUACGGAGAACCAUAAAACCACCUUGGGUACAAAUUUAACAAAGCACAUGUCUGAAUGCAUCACUGUGUAUGACCCUGUUCUACCUGUCCACCAGGUCAUUGGUUUUAUAUUGCUUUGCCAAACCCUUUGUGCCUUUAACCAGAUCAGCUAGAUGUUUAAUGUAAGCCAGUGUCUGCCAAAUUGUCUGUUUAUUACUCUUAGUGUGGCAAAACUCUUAGUGUGCUUUGUGUUUAGGAUAUACGUAGUUUUAUGAUGUAGUCUCCAUCCUGGUAUAAAACGCCAUUGUUAGUGCUCUAUACUUUCCCAAAUGUCCUCUUGAAGCCAUAUGCAACAGUAUAUAGUGAUGCAAAUAAACAAAUCCUGCUAAAAUGUAGAAAGAAAAAAGGGACAAAAACUCUAGAAAAUGAUAUGGGGAGCUUCUGUGUAAAAUAUAGUCACAAUUCGCUAGUCAUAAAAUCGCUUCCUUCAGUAGUUCUUUAGGAAAAUGUUGCACCAGAUUACCCAGACUGCAUGGUUUAUUCACAUUUUAUGUACCUGUCUGGUUACCUCAUACAAUAAAAAGCAGUGUGUGUGAUAAUCUAAUACAAAUACAUAAGGAAUACAAUAAUAUUAUUAUAUUAUUCAUCUACUCUCAUACUGUUUCCUGUUCUGUACUUAACCAGUAGUUAAAGUUAAAAAAAAAAAUCUAGAUUCAGUACAGUUUAGCCAACACACAUUUGCCAAUACAUUUAUUAUAUGAAUUGUAUGAGGAAAUUGAGGAGGUGUGUGGGGGAGAAAAAGUGGUGAAUGGUUUGUGAAAUUUAAGUGCACUUUUGUUAAAAUGUUGCCCAAAAUAAUAAAACAGUAAUACGUUUUGGGGCUUUGUACAAAUACAGCAAACAUCGCAAUACUUUUCUCACAGAUAAUCGAUGACCGCAAUUACAGUUACAAAGUUUUAUUUUGGCUUGAGGAAAAAAAAAAAAGAGUGCCAUCUAAUUGCAUAUUAUUCGUAAAGUGUAUUUAUAUAAUAUAAGGAGAAUAUUUGAGAAUACAGUUAAUCCAAAUAUUCUCUGCCAAACCUGUUGGUUCAGGUAAUGCUUCUUCCAAAACCCCAAAAUGUUCCUAAUAAAGAGUGAUGACUACGGACUAUUUAAGCACUGUUGUGGAUGAAAUCAUGUUAGCUAGUCCCUGCUACCUCAUUCUUUUAGGAUUUUUAGGUGAAGUACUUGAACCAAAAUAAUUCGACUUGUGUAUUUAAGAAUCAAUAUUUUAAAGCAAAUAUGUCUAAAAUGUAAUGGAAUAUUGGAAGUCAAAUAAAUGUUUUGCAUUGGAUUAAAAAAAGGCUAUGUUAUAGAACAACUAUUGUUUUAAUUAUGUUUUUGUACCUACAGUUUGUAUCUACAUUAAAAUGUGUUAAAUUAAAA